AGUUUCUUCUGCAACUUCUCUUCUUUUUAACUUCUCUGUUUCUGUCUUUCCCACACUCUUCACUUUCCUUUGCUUUUUCCUUCUAAUUAUUUGUCUAUUUUUAGCUUCAAAUAUCUUUUAAAACCCUCACCCUCGUUUCAGUUGGUCUUGUUUUUCCAUCUCUAAUUCGUCGAUAUCUCAAAGACUCUCCUCAUUCGACUGCUCUCUUUGUAGCUCAGCCGGUCGAAUUUGGUCUUAAUUAAGGAAAAGAAAGCGUCUCGUCUCCAGUGUAGAUUCCUUGUAUAAAGAGAAAACAAGAAGGAAAAAAGGGAGUUUAUUGAGAAUAUUCAUGUUUAAAUAUCUUUUUUUUUUAUUUGCUGGUUGUUUUUACUUUUUCUGUUUUCAUUUAGCUUACUUGCAAAGAAGAGUUUUGACUAGUAAUUUUUUUAAAGAAAAGAAGGCUCUAUUGAAUCCUCUGUGAUGGAUUAUCAGAACCAAGACCCAUUAGACUUGUUACUUUGAAUGGCUGGGAAAGUUGUCGACGCUCUGUCCGCCAGUUUUUCUGAGUACGAGAUUCUGGAAGGUGAUGAUGACAAACUUAGAACCGUGGUAGCGGCUUCGAGUCAGAGAAUUCCAUGGAUUGACCCGUCAAAAUUGAAACUUAGGCAUAGGAUUGGAAGGGGACCCUUUGGUGAUGUUUGGUUAGCAACUUAUCAUAGUUCGACUGCAGAUUAUGAUCAGUCUUAUGAAGUAGUCAUCAAGAUGUUGCAUGCAAUUAAGCAGGAUGACAUGAGGACUUUGUUGGAUAAGUUUGAUGAUUUAUAUUCUAAGUGCCAAGGUGUGAAUAAUAUUUGUUAUCUACAGGGAACUUCUGUUAUAAAUGGAAAGAUAUGUAUCAUUAUGAAAUUUUAUGAAGGAUCAAUUGGGGAUAAAAUGACUCGCCUUAAGGGAGGAAAGCUCUCACUUCCUUGUGUUUUGAGGUAUGGGACCAAUUUGGCACAGGGAAUUUCGGAAUUGCACUCAAAAGGGAUCUUGGUUCUUAACCUUAAACCCUUUAACUUUCUUCUUAAUGGCACUGACCAAGCAGUUCUAGGAGAUAUUGGCAUUCCAUAUUUGCUCCUGGGAAUUAGAUUGCCCAGCUCAGAUAUGGCACACAGGCUUGGAACGCCCAAUUACAUGGCUCCAGAACAGUGGCAACCGGAAACCAGAGGGCCAAUAUCAUUUGAGACUGAUUCAUGGGGAUUUGCAUGCAGCAUUGUGGAAAUGCUCACCGGCAUUGUUCCUUGGAGUGGGAAAUCAGCUGAUGAAAUUUAUGAUCUGGUUGUCAGAAAACAGGAAAAACCACUUAUUCCAAGUGGCCUUCCUCCUCCGGUUGAGAAAGUUCUUAUUGGCUGCUUUGAGUAUGACUUCAGAAGUCGUCCUUUGAUGAAACACAUAUUAGAGGUGUUUAACAGUAACCACAUUCUCAGCUCAGAGAUUGGAGGUGAAGAUGAUCUGCAAUGGACAGGUCUUGGGAGCACAACAGUAUCAGACAAUUUAAGUAGCUUUACUGGCUACACAGGGUGGUUUCUUUCAAAGGAUCGUUUGCAAGUGGGUGACAUUGUGCGUUCCAGAAAGCCACCUAACUCAUGCAAACCUGAAAAUAUGAAUGUCCCUGAAGGAACCGUGGUGGGUUUAGAACACAUCACGGAUCAUGAUGGUUUUGCUUUGGUGAGGGUUCAUGGCAUUCAUGACCCUAUAAGAGUUCAUUUUUCGACACUGGAGAGGGUCACUCUUGGCUUAGCAGCUGGGGACUGGAUACGCUUGAAAGAGGAAGACAAAAGGCACUCACCAGUAGGUAUUCUUCAUUCCAUUGACCGUGAUGGAAGUAUUGCUGUUGGGUUUAUCGGGUUGGAAACUCUUUGGAAGGGAAAUUCUUCAGAGUUUCAGAUGGCAGAAUCUUACUGCGUUGGUCAGUUUGUUAGGCUGAAAUCUAACGUGCUUAGCCCUCGCUUUGAUUGGCCUCGUAAAAGAGGAGGCAUUUGGGCUACUGGGAAAAUUUGCUGGAUCCUGCCAAAUGGAUGCCUUGUUGUUAAGUUCCCAGGUAGAUUAACCAUUGGAGAGGAAGUGGGCAAAUUUUUGGCCGAUCCAGCUGAAGUGGAAGUGGUUUCUUUUAACAAUUGUCCAGGGUUGGUGAAGAAGUAUCAACAUCUUGAGGAUUUUCACUGGGCUGUGAGGCCAUUUCUAGUUGCAUUGGGUCUAUUAACAGCAAUGAAGGUGGGAUUUUUUGUUGGAAAGAGAAUCAGUAAGUCAAAGGUGAAGCGACAGAGCAGUGUAAUUCAGAGUGAUUUCCAACAUAUGGAUGGGCAGACUGCUGGCAACCCAGCUUGGCUUCCACCGCCUGUGGCAAAUAUCCUUUUCAGGGAAGGUGCCGCUCGGUAGUUUCCUGGCCUAGUUCAGAUACCAGAAGGCAAUCUUACUAACUCUGUUGAGUUGCAGUAGGAAACAGUUUCUGCGGUAAAUGGUUAAUUACAUCUUAUUGUGAGCAUCUUAUCUUUUAUGCUAAGUUGUAUAUAUACUAGUGCAGUCUAUUUGCUUACACACAUAACCAGCUGAUCUAAAUCUUGUGAUGAUGAUUACAGUCUAUAUCUGCUCUGUUUAAGGGUCUGGGUGAAGGGCAUGAUCCAACUGGUUUGGAUUCUUUCCAUCAGAAUAUUGUUCGACCUUUAGUUGAUUUUUUGAUGGUAUCUUGUUGGAUGUCCAACUUAAAAGGAAAAAAUGGAAAUGAUAAGGUGUUAGAAUUUAAGUGUUA